AUGAAGUAUUUUGAAUUUGUGAGCCUGUCGUCAGUGGGCCUCAGCAUUGCCUGUGGGGACUUAUUGAUAGCUCUGAGCAUAUUGGGACCAUCAAGCUAUUACCUAUACUUAGAUUUCAUGGAAAUUGAGAAAUGGGAGCAGGAUAGCGAAGUUCAAGCUUUAAGUCCCCUUGGAACAUUUUUUUCCACUUUGGUGAACUAUCUGUGGGUUCGAGAGUUUUCGCAGGUUUUCUACAUGACAGCAACAUUCAUAAUAUGGGUAAAGUCAUUGAUAAAUCUAAUGGUUGCCUGCCUUCUUGUCGAAGGCAUCAAGCAGAAACGACUUAUAUGUAUUGCUCCCUGGUUAAUCAAUUCCUGCCUUUCAAUGGCCAUUGAAACGGGCAUUUUUGUGAGUCUAGAGCUCAGAAUUAAUGAAAUUGAUGCCGCUGUGGAUCGUCGGAUAGCAAGAAGUCUCAUCUUUGGCGUAUUUUUAGUUCUCAAUGCGUUAUUUACUUUUGGAAUCUAUGGUCUCUACCGAAAGCUAAAGUCUGCGCCCAGCGAGAAUAUGGAAGUCAUCCCUCAAAGUCCUCACACAUUCAAUGCCUGAAACUAUUUGAAGUCCUAGUUUAUCCUAAAAGAACUUGUGUUUUGGCAUAGAUAAAUACAAAUAUACGAAUUUAAAAACAUAGGUAAAAAAGUUUUUUUCUAUCUAAUCAACUAACAGAUUUUG